UUAAUAGGUUACCAGCAAACGUAGUUUAUGAAUGGUUGAAAAGCAAUCAGCAGCCUCAUUACGUUCCGAUAAAAUAAUAUAUUGACAUUGUUUAUCAUGAAAAAGCCAUACUUCUAUUUCUGUGAGUGUUGUCAUAAAAUAAAACACCUACCGUAUGAUAAUUUCGGUAAAUAUCUAUGUCUAUGGACCUCACCAACAUGAUAUUCACCUCGGCCUAUCACCUUCGCCAGGCCCAUUAACUUGGAUAUACAUCUCAUCAUCAUAUAAUAACAUCUUAAAAUAUCAAUUUGUUUUAAAUGUAGAGUGAUGGCGUAAUACAACGAAUGUGGUAGUCAGAAAUAAUAUUACAAAUGGAAACUUUAAGAGAUAUACGUUCUGUAUAUAACAUGUACGUAUUGAUAAAUUAAUAAAUCAUUUAUCAACUUAUUUUGCAUAUCAACAUCAAAUUAUAAAUUUAAUACUGCUGAUACCGUGUGAGAGUUUUACAUAAAAAGUGUGGGUGUUUUCAUUUCAUAAAGGUCACCAUUAUCAAUUAUUAUCACUACAAAAUCAAAAAUAAAGCAAUGGUGGUAUAUUAUGCUAGUCACUUACAUUUAAGGGUUCAGACAAAAAUACGUCCAAGAAGCAGUAUCUUUAAAGCAAAUGUUGACGUUUGUCAACUGGUCGUAUUUUCAGUAAAGAACUAAGCUAUACGAUGCGUAUAAUACGGAACACUGCUGCUAAAGGUGUACGGUGUUCUUUAUCUCAUGUCGAAAGAUGUAAUAUUUUGGAAGUUCUUACAUAAAGCGAUGUUAUUUUUUGGUUUGGACAGCUCUUGUGUGUAUUUUAAUGAUGACGUUGCAUUCUUCGUUUUCCCAAAUUGUACUGUGUCUUACUUAACUACCAUGGUGUUUCAGUUAUAUAAAAGGAUGAGUAAAAUAUGGUGGAUAAAUGGCUUUAAAUUUCGACGUCAAAAUUGCAAGUCAGUGGUACGUUAGAAACUAUAUAUCAAUAUGAUGCUAUUGUUUAAUCAUUGUUAAGAAAUUGUAUUUUCUUCUUUACCAAGUGAAACGGAGAAAAUGCUUUCACGCUGUUCUCACUGGCUUCCACUUAUAAAAAUUCCUGCCCUUUAGGCUUUUUCUGUAUGUAAUUGACAUUCGUUACUGAAUAUGUCAAGUGCUAUUACUGUAAUAAUCAUUUUUUAAUGGCAGCAUUUAAUCGCAUUUUACAUAUCAUUUAAGUCCGAUUAACAUUUGGAGAAGCUGUGGCGUGAUAUAUAUAAGAUUUUACGGACAUAAUAUAGCAAAGUUCCUACGCGCCAUAAGAUUGAACAAUGUGCAGCAAAGCACUGUUUGUCGUCUUCAUUCACCUGUUGCUGUUGUUUUGUGAUGUGGAGUCAUGCUGUAUGGAUCCUCCAGGUGACAAUGAUUGUUGGUACGAGGGAUGGCUAUUUGGACCGGGAGCCACGUUUAAAGCUCCAGCUCCACACUGUGUAGAAUGUACAUGUACGGCUGGUAUUAUAAGUUGCAACGGAUAUGGUAAGAAAGCUGGUGUGGCCAAUAUAGCCGGAUGUGUGCUAGUGGAUGAUGACAGCACGUGCGAAUUGCAAUAUGUUGACAGCACGGACGAAACUCGACCUUGUGCCCCAUGAGAAUGGAAACGGAGUCUGAAAAUCGAAUAAUUCAGUUUGAAAAACCUCUGUGCAUUAUGGAAUAAAACAUCUGAAACUCA